AAAUCAGAAUUUAAACGGCUACAGCCCCGGAUCUGUUUUCAAACUAACAGACAGACUCUUCAACAGACUGGAUUAUUCUGCUCUCUCGUCCUGUGACUGGUCUGUGGGGACUGUGUAGAUGUUCCCUGGUCUUCAGAGUGGAUUUAAUCAGAGGACUGGUUCUCUUUAUGACAUGAUUUUACCGGUUUUUGUCAGUUAGCGCUGCUAAGCUAAGCUAACUCGUUGCUAGCUCGUGUGAUGACGUUCUGACUGCAGCUCGUUCGCGCUCUCCUUCAAACAUGAAUUAAAGUCACAUUUCCACCACAGAAAGGAUUAUGUUGUUGUGUUAGCUGAGUAAAGACAGUUUGAUAUCAGUCCUGAGAGCCACACCCCGCGGACAGCAUGACUCUGGCUCCGAAGGAACUGUCCAACCUGCUGAGCAUCAUCUCUGAGGAGGCGUGCACCAACACCUUCGAGAGCCUCUCCACACACUUCCAUCACUACUUCGGGAAAGCGGAGCACUUCCGGGUGGGCUCGGUGCUGGUGAUGCUCCUGCAGCAGCCGGACCUGCUGCCCAGCUCCCCGCAGAGACUCACGGCCCUCUACCUGCUGUGGGAGAUGUACCGCACCGAGCCGCUGGCUGCGAACCCGUUCGCCGCCGUGUUCGCUCACCUGCUGAACCCCUCACCAGCCGGGGAGGAGCAGGAGAAGGUGCUCUCAGGUUUCCUUCCUCCCAUCACGCAGCCGGAGAAGUUCUUCCUGUCUCAGCUGAUGUUGGCUCCGCCCAGAGAUCUGUUCAAGAAGACGCCCCGACAGGUCUCCUGCAUGGACGUGGGCAACAUGCCGCAGUCUAUAGACAUCAGCGGACUGCAGCUGGCCUUAGCAGAGCGACAGUCGGAGCUGCCCACUCAGAGCAAAGCCAGCUUCCCCAGCAUCCUGAACGACCCUGAUCCAGACUCGUCAAACUCAGGGUUCGACAGCUCGGUGGCCAAUCAGAUCAUAGAGUCUCUGGUCACAGGGCCCCGCCCACCUCUGGAGAGUCACUUCCGGCCAGAGUUCAUCCGACCGCCGCCUCCUCUGCACGUGUGCGAGGACGAGCUGGCGUGGCUGAACCCUACGGAGCCGGAUCACAGCGUGCAGUGGGACCGCUCCAUGUGUGUGAAGAACAGCACAGGAGUGGAAAUCAAACGUAUCAUGUCCAAGGCCUUCAAGAGCCCGCUGUCGGCCCAGCAGCAGUCACAGCUGCUGGCUGAGCUGGAGAGGGACCCGAAGCUGGUCUACCACAUCGGUCUGUCCCCGGCGAAGCUCCCUGACCUGGUGGAGAACAACCCUCUGGUGGCCAUCGAGAUGCUGCUGAAGCUGAUGCAGAGCAGCCAGAUCACAGAGUACUUCUCCGUGCUCGUCAACAUGGACAUGUCUCUGCACUCCAUGGAGGUCGUCAAUAGGUUGACUACAGCUGUUGAUCUUCCUCCAGAGUUCAUCCACCUCUACAUCUCCAACUGUAUCUCCACCUGUGAGCAGAUCAAAGACAAGUACAUGCAGAACCGUCUGGUGCGCCUGGUCUGCGUCUUCCUCCAGUCCCUGAUCAGGAACAAGAUUAUCAACGUUCAGGACCUCUUCAUCGAGGUCCAGGCCUUCUGCAUCGAGUUCAGCCGGAUCCGCGAAGCCGCUGGACUCUUCCGCCUCCUCAAGACCCUGGACACCGGAGAAAACCCGGUCGAAGCCAAACCCGCCAAAUAACCCUCCUCACAGAGACACUGCACUGAGAGCCAGAUCUGCACACAGGGACGUGGUCUGACUCAGGCCUCAGGUCCCUGAUGGGCCCAGAAACUGGUGCAGAGUGACCGCUUUGUAAAUAUGUAGUGAUGAUACCUUCAGACUUUACCUCUGAUCUCCUCUCAGUCUGCAGUCCCCCCC